UUUCGCAAUGCGAGCUGGAUGUUGUGCUGCUGCCGCGGUGGCCGCGGCCUCCGUCUUCUCCCUCGUUGACGCCUCGCCGGACACGUCCAGGCUCCAAACAGCAGUCAUUCGCACAUCCUCCGUUGAUCUGUAUGGAACGUAUACCAAAGACCCGCUGUCUUCGAAUACCUGGGGAGGCGAUUUGCCCGACGAGGAGUCGGCAUUGAAAGGACAGGUCUUGUCGUUGCGUGCAUUGAGUCCGAAAGCGACGUUUGCAUGCCAAGCGUCGGAUUUGACGGCAAACACAGCGCUUCAGCAGCGAUUGACAUCGAUCACAGGCUCACGAUUCAUCUUACUGGUCGAGCGGGGCAACUGCACAUUCACCGAAAAGGCGCUCGCGGCACAACAGGCUGGCGCGGCGGCUGUCAUUAUCGCGGAUACGGUCGAAGCGAUCUACAACUCGUCUGUCCGCGUGAAUGGUUCCAAGUAUGACAAGGGAGGCGCGUUCGAUUGCUCCCAAGGUUCCGCUGUUCUCCCUUCCGUUGCAAGUCCUCCGUGGUCCGACUUGAAUAAUGCAGCUGCAUGCCGGACAUCCCCGUUGUGUACGUCUCAACGCUGCAUUCCCACGGGAAACGGGAACCAGGUGUGCUGCAUGUGGGACGUCGCCGACUACAUGGGAUAUGGCGUGAACGCCAACCUAGUCACGAUUCCUGUCGUGCGUAUUCGCGCCAUGGACGCUUCAAAACUCGAGUCGCCGUCGUCUUCGGUGUCGGUGUUCAAGCGAUUUGUCCCUCGCGUGGACGCCGCCCAAGUGUUGAUCUGGCUCAUGGCAGUGUGCACCAUCACGACCGCGGGGUACUAUGGUGCUGCGCUGGAGCGCAAGAAGGCGACGGCGAAGCGCGUUCAUGCCAGCACGUCGGGCCGCGUGCCCGCUGCGGUGCAUGCGGCGCUCCGGCAGGAACAGUUGGAGGAGCCCGCGCUCGACAUUGGCUGGGUCCAUGCAGUGGCAUUUCUCGUGUUUGGUUCUGGGUUCCUCCUCCUCCUCUUUUACGUGAAUGUCGUGAUGAUUGUGAUUGUCAUGUUCUGCUUUGGCGCGAGUAGCGCCGUCGGGACGAUCCUGCUCACGCCGCUCCUGCACCGCAUACCAGCCUUUCGGACGCAGCUGUAUUCCGCCAACAGCGAGUACCUCGGCCCCGUGCGCGUGGAAGUCGCUGACGUCGUGUCGUUCGUACUGUCUGCGGGGCUCGUUGUGUUUUGGGUCCUCACUCGCCACGCGGCGUACUCGUUCGUGCUCCAAGACGUGUUUGGCGUGUGCGUGUGCAUUCUGUUCCUCCAGACGAUCCGCCUCCCCAACAUCAAAGUGGCCACAAUUCUGCUCGUCCUCGUCUUCGUCUACGACAUCUUCUUUGUGUUUCUGUCGCCGUACAUCUUCGGCAAGUCGGUCAUGAUCGUGGCGGCACAGGGAGGCAAGCAAGACGACGCGGAAGCGCCAUCGUCUUACUGCCUCCGAUACCCCUCCAACGACAACGGGGCCAAGUGCUUGAAGGAAGACAUCCCGAUCUUGCUCCGGCUGCCAAAGGUCACCAACUGGCUCGGCGGCGAAGCGAUGCUCGGCCUGGGCGACAUUGUUCUCCCCGGCCUUCUCCUUGUCUUUUGCGCCCGCUUCGACUACGCCUCCCGUGGAAACGUCAUCGGGAAACCCCGCACGGGCGCGUUUGGCGGGUCCAUCGGCCUCUUUGGAACGAUGUGCAUUGGAUACGCCGUGGGCCUGUUUUUGGCCAACCUGGGCGUGAUCCUCAUGCAAUCUGGCCAGCCUGCGCUGCUGUACUUGGUGCCGUGCACACUAGGCCUGCUCGUCGUCGUGACGUGGCGCACAAAGGGACUACUCAAGAAGCUAUGGGAUGGUCCCAAGGAAUUUUACCAAGUACCCGAAGCCGAAGUCGAAGAAGGCAACAACACUGGAACGUCGAGCAUCGUGCCGUACGCGAUUCCGAUGAUGGAGGAAGAUGCGCCAUCUCGCAUUCGAUCGUCCACGUAAUUGGAAAACGACGUCUACACGAGACAUGCAUGCAUUGAUUCACCAGGCCUGCGUUCGGGCCAAGCACAACAUUUGUGGCGAUGACGGCACUCUUGGGGGCCACAACGCUAUUCUUGAGACGAAUGCGCUAGUGACUCGAAAGACGUGGCGGUGUCCAAUGCGUUGCGAUUCCAGUCAUCCCGCCGCCCUUGUAUCGCAACCAACGUUGGAAUUGCGAUGGUCGUUGUGAUGUCGCUCUUUCGCGUCGCGGAGGAAGGAAAC